CCCCAGCAGCGGCGAGAAAAUACGCAAACAAAAGGCAAAACAAAUAUCUGACACAAAUAGCGUUAAAAAAUAUCAAAAGUAUUUAUAAAAAUUCACUAAAACGAAUUUCACUGCUCGCUGGCCUUGUAACAUAUUACGAAAUUUGUAAAGGAAGAAAUUUUAAACGUCUGCUUAUAUUUUUAUAUUGAUUUUUUACAAAGAAACAUUUUGUACCAAUUUCGCGAUUUUUUAAAUCCAAAAACAUAAAAAACAAAAAAGAUGUUGCGCAUACCAGGAAUGCCAUUUUUGCCUGGCACCACGUUCCGAGAUAUGUCCCGCACGAAGUACCCGAAGCCCCAGAGCUUAAUGAAUUUCCAAGGCAUCAGCAUGCUAAACGAUCGCCAAACGCCCGCCAUGGUGGAUGCGGGCGGCAUGUGCAUUGACAUAAAUUGCCCGCCCACGGCCACGCCUUCAUUCUAUCCUCCACAGACUGGUCCUAAACUGCCACCAUGGAUUGCGUAUGACAAGAAAGUGCUCGGUUUCGACGCGUUUUUCAAGGAGACUUUGCAUGAGGUUUACAAUGCGCCUUAUCAAGUACGAAAAGUAAAAAUUAUGUACUACCUCGAAGAUGGCACCAUGCAAAUCACUGAACCGAAAAUUGAUAACUCUGGCUUACCACAAGGUUGUUUAGUGCAACGUCAGCGUAUACCGAAGCCCCCACCAUGCCAAAAUGAAUUCAUCUCGAUAUUGGACUUGAAUGUUGACACAACAAUAGAAAUAUUCGAUCGCAAAUACCAUAUAACGAAUUGUGAUAUUUUCACUCGCCAGUUCUUGAAUCGUUCUGGUAUAGCCGUACCUGAUCCGGUCGAUAUGCCAGUAGACCCCACGACUGAAAUGCGGAAGCGGUCAGGGAAGAAGACCCACAAUCAACCUCCAAAAAAGCAUCCAUUCGCUCAGUUUUUAGCAUUCGAUCGAAAAGUACUCAAGUUUCAUGGUUAUUGGGAUGAUCGUUCGGAGUUUGGCGAUGUGCGGAAAUUGGGAAUAUGUUAUUACUUGGCCGACGAUACAAUGGACAUAAAGGAAAUUUUUCCACGGAAUUCAGGUCGUGAAGGUCCAUCACUUUUUCUCAAACGAGGCAAACUCCCAAGGGAAUUUAAUGGACUUCCGCUACCUGGUCAAGAAACCCCUCAAACGCUUUUGAAUGUCUUGGGCACAAGCAUGCGAAAUGUCCGCUACACCCUCGAUCCCCUAAAUAUGGGCGAGAAGGAAGUACUCUACUACGCUGAUCGCGAUCUCCAAAUUGGCACAGUUCUAAACGUUUAUGGGCGUGCCGUUGUCCUCACCGAUUGCGAUGAGUAUACACAGGAGUAUUACAGAAAACGAUAUGGAAUCGAGGACUUCACCCCUGCACCAAUACCAUUGCGUGGCGACGACUGUGCGCCGACUAAGCAAAAGGAACGAAUAUUGCCGCCUUACAAUGGUUGGGGUUCAUAUGAGGACUCUGAGGGUAAUUGCAUAUCAGUGGAGCCUAAGCCGCCACAGUCGGACUUUAAGAAAUUCAUCAAACUGGAUCGUUAUGUACUACGAUUUGGCGCAAAAUUGCUAUCCACCAUACGCGAGAACUGUGAACGCAUAUUCGUCAUUUCCUAUUACUUAUCCGAUGACACAAUACAAAUCUUUGAAAUUGCCGAACGCAACUCUGGCUUCCUUGGUGGCGAGUUUAUGAAGCGUACCAGAAUACCACUGCCGGGGCAGGAAAAAUUCACCUCAAAGCGUCCGCAAUGCUAUCAACCAUAUAAUUUCUAUAUCGGUGCCACAAUGAGCCUUAAAGAUCACAUAUUCCACAUUGUAUCCGCCGAUGAGUACACUCUCAUAUACAUGGAACACCAUCCGUAUGAGUACCCAAUGGCUGAUAUUAAAACAAUAAUGGCGAAAAUCCGUGAAGCGGCAAAGGCGGACUACAAAUCCUUCCUGUGCCAGUGCUUGCCCGAGGGUGCCGAGUCGAUUAAAGAUGUUAAAUUCAUUGGAUUUGAUUCACUUAAGCGCGCACUCAUUAAUCUUUUGAACGACGACAUCACCAACCACGAAAUAAUAACCGUUUGCCGUUACUUUUCGGCGGAAAAAGCGCCGCCACAGUCGUGCAACCGGGAAACAGUGCGCGCUGCUGUUCAUUUAGAGUUGAAGCGUUACCUAUGGAAUGCAAUGGACGAACUGAAAGAGCAUUUACACCACAUCAACCCACUUAACAAGCCAUUCCUAUCCGAAACUAAAUUACGCUCCACGAUAAAGGGCUGUCGUUUGCCGUUCGUGCCAGAACUGGUGGAUGAUCUGCUGCUUGUUUUGAACCAUAACGACUGUGGCGAGGUUGAGGUGUGCGACUUCCUUAACUUCAUAGAUAUGGGUUGUGGCAAAGUGCCUGACAUAGCCCCGAUGAAUAUCAACUUCGAACUAUGCCCCAAGAUACCGUUCCUGCAUAAGGGUCGUUUAGUGAAUAUCACCUGUUUCCUGCAGCAUUUGGGGCUGGAUGAGGAAACAAGGCCUAAGGAAGAGCCCGUUGUUUAACGUCGAAACUAUGGGGACAGGAAAAAGGCAUAUCAUAAUUUAUAUAAGAUUUAAUU